UCUCUCUCUAGAGUUGAACUGAUCAGCAGAAGCAGGGGAGAAAAUGGGGUAUCGUUUCUUUCCAAAUGAAAUGCCGGAUUUCGUGGAGGAGAAAGAAGAAGAGAUAGCCACCGAAGAUGAUUCUCUCAUGAAGCUUCUCUCCAUGCCUUACUCUGCUCUCUCUGAGAGACUCAAACGCGCUGGUUUGGACCUCAAGGAUACUGUAGUGGUGGAGACAUGGGGACUCGGUGGACAACGUGUGAGAGACUUCAGUCUUUACUGCGGAGCUCUUGGGACAGCUUUUCUGCAAUUUAAAGCCUAUCAACUCACUAACAACAAAGAUGAUCUCAACCUAUGCUCUGACAUUAUUAAGGCGUGUGAUUCCCUUUGUUCCUGCUCUGGGUUCUCUCACUCCAGGUUCUCUCUUGUUGUGCUUAUCCAAUGUAUUGAGGAUGGUAGGGAUGGGACAUUUUUAUGUGGGCGAGCUGGUGUUUGUGCCCUUGGUGCUGCUACAGCAAAGCAGUUGAGCGAUGUGCAGUUGCUAACAUACUACUUAUCCCAAUUUAAAGAGAUUAAGCUGCCAAAAGAUAUGUCUGAUGAGCUGUUAGCUGGAAGAGCUGGGUUCUUAUGGGCAUGUUUAUUCAUAAAUAAACAUGUAGGCGAGGGGACGAUUCCUUCUAAUGACAUUGGUGCACUUGUGAAAGCCAUUCUCAUUAGAGGAAGAAGAUUGGGUGUGAUAGCAAGAUGCCCGUUGAUGUUUGAAUAUGGUAGUGAAAGGUACUGGGGAGCGGCCCAUGGAUUGGCAGGGAUUAUGCAUGUUUUGAUGCAUGUGAAACUGAAUCCAGAAGAGGCGGAGGAGGUGAAGCAUACUCUCAAGUACAUUAUCAAAAAACAGUUUCCAAGUGGGAAUUUCCCAUCAGCAGCAGCGGACAACGAAGAUGAUCUUGUGCACUGGUGUCACAGUGCUCCUGGGAUCGCCCUCACAUUUCUGAAAGCAGCUGAGGUAUUUGGUGACGAAGAGUUUCUGGAAGCAGCCGUAAAUGCAGCAGAGGUGGUCUGGAAUCGUGGCCUGCUCAGACGGGUUGGCAUUUGUCACGGCGUAAGUGGAAAUGCAUACAUCUUCCUCUCACUUUACCGUGCGACGGGUAAUAAGGAGUUCUUGUACAGAGCCAAGGCAUUUGCUUGCUUUCUUGUUGAUAGAGCUUCCAAGCUUAUAGCCGAGGGAGAGAUGCAUGGAGGAGAUAAUCCUUAUUCUCUAUUUGAAGGAAUUGGGGGUAUGGCUUAUCUUCUCCUAGACAUGACUAAACCGACAGAUGCUAAAUUCCCUGGUUAUGAGCUCUGAACAUUUUGUACCUAAAUUCCCUGGUUAUGAGCUCUGAAGAUGUACCGUAGUUAAGUGAGAAAAAGAAAAAUGACAGAAAGAAAAACAGAGAAAAGAUUUACUGCAUUUCUGAGUGUGUAUAUGAGGUUGUAUUUGCCA